AUGAAGCUGGCAGAGGAUAAAGUCCAAUACAGAGCCCACUUUUUUAAGUUGGGCCAGGGCAGAAUUGUCGACCAGGACGAUGUAAAAUUUUGGAACGUUCUCAUCGAUUCACCCUCCGAAGCCAGCCAUUUCUUCGACUUACUUACUGCAAACGAUAUUCACACCAUCAGAGACCAGAAUUUACCCAACUUUUUGAUCCUUGUCAGAAUGUUGAGUGCAGAGAUUGUAAAGCUCAAGUUCCAAGCAACUGCUAAACGUCAACGGCUUGUCAAUUGCGUUCGCCUCCUAACAAGGCUACUUCCGUUCCUCUUUGAGCUCUCCAAUUACACUACAGAUAUCGAGCCUGAAUUGUUCUGGAGCAAGGAGCUACGUUUAGAUAAGUUGUGCUCGAACUCGCUAACGUCGUCGUUAUUGCUACGAAGAAAACUGGCCCCAGCAAAUCUCGAGCAAGGGCCCUUGGCAGUGGAUUUGAUUCAUGCGCUUGUGUGUCUUCUAUUCGUACCAGGAUUCACUGUGGACGGGACGACCCAGGAGAAGUCCAAUUCUCUUAUAUGGGAACCUGGAAUUGGCAUUUCGGGGACAUUCAGGCCACCAAAUUGCCGUCUAGAUUGUAACAGGGUCGAUAUUCUCAAACUACUCUUAACGUUGACGUGCUCCACAUACUACAUUUCGGCGAAGAACGUGACCACUGAAGGGUCAAGGUUCCUUUCCACCCUUGUAUCUACAUUGCAAAAGCAAGAUCUUGUGCUUUUUCUGUGCAGCCUUGUUAAUCUUGUUUGCCGCUCAGCGAGAUUGUCGAAUUCCGAGAAUGGCAUGCUGUUUGCCAAUUCGACACUCACAGAACUUCGUCACAUUUGUGUGAACAACGCAUUCCAGUUGCUCGUGUCUAUUAUUGCAUACCCUUUGCCAUCUACACAUAUCGCAUUUUUGAAGGAUCAUUACUUUGGUCCAGAUAAACGGCCCUCCAAUAGUAUUCGCCUCUUCUUCGGAAAGCUUUCGAAGGAAUCAGAAAUCUUGUUCCUUGCAUCAAACUUUCUCAACUUCUUGAGAUAUCCUCUCUUCUCUCUCAAAGACGAAGCAAAACGAAGAUAUUAUAAGUUUGGCCAGCCUUCCGUCUGGGCACUCGAAAGUACCGUCAUACUUUGGGAGCUUUUCCAAUGCAACAGGACAUUUGCUGACCAAAUAGGCGCCCGCUUCAUCCCAAAACUCGUUCCUUACGUCGUGUACCAUAUUUUUGCCUUUUACGAUCAGCCCCAACAUUUCAACCUUGUCAAAAUUAUGGCUCACUUCCUUCUUUAUAUAUCGUCAAAGGAGGAUAGAGUUCAGAUGUUGGUGAAGUCAGAACCAUCUAUUGAAGCAUUUCCCCAGGAGCUUAAGAUGAAUGGAGUUGGUAGUAUAAGAGACUUCAGCGUGAUCAACAUAUGCCAAGUCUUAAUUAAUUUAUCAUCCAGAAGCAAUUCUCGAGACUCGCAACUUCACUCCUUUCUCAGACCCACGCUAUUCGAGAUUCUCUACAACUUGAUCCCAACAGUCUGCGAAUCCGUCGAGGCAACUGACAUCUCCUCGAGGGGCAUGUCUAAUGUGAACCCAAAGGGCGGAUUGUCAUACAAAGCCUCAAGCGCUGUGACGUCUGUCCUUUUGAAAUACUCAGACGAAGCUUUCUUAUUGGAUGACUCAAGCAAUCCCUCCAUGUUGGCCCUUCUUGUCCGUGCAUUAUGUUCGUCGGUAAUGAAAAACCCUGCAGCUUCACGGAUGACAUUGUUCACGUUCCUCAAAAAUGAGAAGGCUUAUGACCAUAUUUGGAAUGUCAUCUAUGGGUUGAAAAAUCGAGCUGUCGACGCAAGAGCUCUUGAAGAUCUUGACGAGGAGGAAGAGGAUAAUUCGAUUGCAACUUCUACACCACUGAUGCAGAAUCAGGUGCCCUUUUCAAGCCCCGGUCAUAAUAGACAUAGCUUUCAGGCCACGGGACCUAGAUCGCCUUACACAAUCUCAUCCAAUAACACCUCUGUUGAUGACGGCUUCACAGAAUCCCACAAUACUUCGAGAGUGAGUCUUCCUGAAAUCGAUCCCCUCACAGCUCUUGUUGAAGAAGAGAAGCUCUUAGCUGCAGCUUUGAGGCCUGACCCACCCACUGGCAUGUCUCAGAAAUUUAAGGACAAACUCCCACUUGCCGCUCCCAUGAGUCGAUCAUGGGGUGGCAAUGAUGCGUUGAGGAUAAUCAUAACCAUUAUCAUCCCUGGAUUGAAGUCCGCAUUGCAAGAGGUGUGGGCGAAGAGGGAUGAAUGUAAUUUCGAUAGUUUCUUCAUCGUCAAACAAAUUGAGCAUCUUAAUUUCGAGGAGGUCAUUUACAAAAAUAGAAGAGACAUCAGUCAUGAUUUUCUUCCCGACACCCCGAUUCAUAAGUUAGCGUUCUCGUGGAACCAUAUGUCUCUCGGAUGGUAUCUUUCAAUAAUUCAAAACAACGGUUUCCGUUCGACAGACAAUAUCAAAUUGUUUAUCGGUACAAACAGCACAUUGAUGAAGAAUAUAUCUUCUUCAAUUGCUCUGAUUGGCAAAAUCGCAACCAGCUGGUCUGGACUGUUAUGGAGCAAUAAUCAAGACAACUCCGCAGAACAAGAGUCGAUACAGUUUGUCGACCUGAAUUCGAACUCUACAAAUCCCUUUGCUUCGACCGCUAUUAAGCUAUUUAGGGUUGACGAUGGAGAGGAUAAAUCCUUCAAUCCUUUCGGUAUUAAGCUCAACUCACAUAGUAAUGGUGGUGUUGCUGAUCUCACCCAAUCGCUCUCAAGAAAGCUAGGUGACUUCAGGAACGGAAGCAGAGGAAGCAUCGUCAGCAUCACAUCGGUAAGCCAGGAGGAUACCGAUCGCCCAAAACUUCACCCUCGAAAUUCGGUAAGCUCCUUACAUUCGCUCAACACUUUAAACCGAACGAGGUCAAACACCCCUAGAAAUUCUAUUAGCAUGUAA